AUGAACGCCGCGGCCAUCCAGACCAGCGACGAUGAGUUUGGCUACGAUUUCGAAACCGACGACGAAGAGCUCUUGAUCCAGCUUGCUACGAAUGCCUCGCUGCCGCCGAAACAGACAGAUGCUGUGGCGCUUAUCACAGCUGCAAGCACAGCUAAACAGACAAUAGCAGGCCUCAAGGCGUCGCAACAUGUGAAAUCAUUUCACGAACGUGUAGACCCUCGCGAAGCACCAGCGCUUGGUCCUGGUAACAAGGGGAAAGCGCCAGAGGUACCUGUCUGGGACACAGAUCAGAAGCGGGCUGCCUCAUCAGCCCAUGAUCCUGUCGCAUAUCCCGACUUAACCACCGCUUUACAAGCGAUUCAAUCCGUACAGUCGCCACCACCUACGGAACUCAGCAACCAUGAUGAGGCCGAAUCCGAAGACGAUCGUUCACCUCUGCAAAAAUUUCGAUCGUUUCCGAGGAAACCACUGACAGUAACUGACCUGGUUGCCGGAGCUUGGUGCGAGCUUCAGUACUGGUAUACACUCACACAGCUGCCUGGUGGAAGAAGAACUCGGACACCAGCAAUGAAGCAAGGAUCCAAGGUACAUAAGAAGCUCGAAGACGAGGUCCACACAACGGUCAAGAUUGAGAUUGUACAGAAAGAAGACGGAUUUGGAUUGCGGUUAUGGAACUUGGUCCAGGGGCUAAGGACAUUACGAGACACAGGUUUGACCAGAGAGCUGGAAGUUUGGGGCCUGGUAGACGGUAAUCUCGUCAACGGCGUCAUCGACGAUCUAAGCUAUGACAACCCGAAUCCGGAGUUUGAGAAAGAACUCUCCAGCCAAGGACUUCAGCCUAGCGAGGGCCAGUCUAUGAUUUCCGACUAUUUUCCACCACCUCAAUCUAAUAGCACAACCAAGAGCAGCCAUCGCAAGAUCUUUCUAACGGAUGUCAAGACGCGGGGCACUUUGUCGCCCAUAUCACCAGCUAUAGUACGUCCGGCAAAGAUUCAGCUGCUAUUAUAUCAUCGCUUUUUGUCAAACAUGGCUGCUGGCAAAUUGGACUUCUUCAAAGUACUUAGGCGAUACGGGCUGGAUGCAGACGUGCGCUUCUCCGACACAUUCAUGUCUCAAAUCGGGGAACUUCACGACGAAAUCUUUUUCGAUACGCCAACAAGCUCCGCAGAGGAAUACAUGGAGGUACUAAGAAAUUCAUCAAGUCAAGACGAUAGUAACACUACUGCUCUUGGAUCAGACUCCUCUCCUGGCGCGCCCGACCUCCUCAAAUACGGAACCCUCCGCGAGCUUCUAACCCUCGUAAAGGAUGAACUCCGCCUCACUUUCCCCCGCGGUGCGGAUUCCCUAGGUCACAUCCUCUGCGUAAAGUACGUCUAUCGCGAAGACGGCCGUGAGCUCAACGCCCACGAUUUCCCUGUUUCCCCACAGACCCUAGACGCAUAUCUCGAUGGAGACAUGAGCUGGUGGCGCGGCGACAGAGAGCCCAGGGGCGUGAAUAUCGAGGAGGCGUUUAAAUGUUCGACGUGUGAAUUUGCGGCGGGCUGUUCAUGGAGGCAAGAUAUGGAUCAGGAGCGGGUGAAGAGGACGCAGGAUAGGGUGAACAAGGCGAAGAAGGCUGUUGAGACGCGGUUUUGA